UUUCCAGUUCCCAAUUCCCAUAAGCAAUGGCAAAAGCAAAUUCUGAAAUGAUAACUGGCCAUUGGGGCUAUGGUUAUACUCCAAAAUUCAUGCAAAUUAAGCUGAAUGAAAAUUUCUUAUGCAGGGAAAAUUCGAAGGGGGAGGCUUCUUUUAGAAUCUUGUACUACGGUGGCGCUGCCGGUGCUGUGCCGUUCACGUGGGAGUCUCAGCCCGGUACCCCUAAGCAGUCAAUUUCCGACGCCCCUCUUCCGCCACUUACGCCGCCACCUUCUUAUCAAUUUAGUCCCCAAAUGAAGUCCAUGCACAAGGUUUCGAAGUCCAAUGUUUUUCACUCCGUAUUCGGUUCCAAAAAAAUGGACAUUUCAUCAUCUCCGUCUUCAUCAUCGUGUUCUUCCUCGUAUUCACUGCCCUCGACACCAAUGAAUAGGCUAUUUACGAAGCGGCAUUCAAGAUCAGCACCCUGUCCUGGAUUAGAAGAGGAUACGGUUGACGAGGGAGGGAAUUCUCCGAUUUCAAAGUUGUGUUUCGGCACUGGAAGUGGAAGCUUAUGGGGGUCUGGGAGUUAUUCUAGAAUGAAGACUGUCAAGAAGGCAUUCUUGUCUAUAUUACCGGAUCAUGGUAAACCUUGAAAAAAAAGUGUGCCAAUGUCUUAUUUCUUGACAUCGAGAGGAGAAAUUCAAACUUGCUGGCUUCAUCAAUCUUUAAUCGAUGGUGUGUGAUAUGUCCUCUUUUAUGAAGAGCCCGUUUUGUAAAGUUUUUAAAAGUCAAAAGUCAUUUUUAAAAUAAAGAAGUUGCUUUUAUUAAAUGAAGUUGGUCUAAGAUAGUUUCUUUAUAAAACUCUUUUACAAGAAGUAGGGAUAAAAGUCCUGAAAACGGACUUGAAACCUCCAACAUCUCAUUUCUUUUAGUAUUUGGUCUCAUUCCUUGUGAAUGGAGUA